CCCUAUUUCUUCGUACGUUUUGGACAAUCGACCUCAGCAUCGGAAAAGAGACGAACCAACUGGCUCAUCAUCACUUCUUGAACAAAAAUGAAGUUAGCUUUAAUUUUCCUUUCGGCUCUGGUGGCAAUCACUCAUCAGCAAUUCCAACAACAACCGAGUGGAAGCCCUUGGUGGUCACCGUACCCAGCACAAUUGCCCAGAAUAGUCGCUGAUCGCCGAGAGAUUUAUUACAGCUUGCAAGACGACAUUCCGUCCAUCCGCCGAUACAGACCAGUAAGACCUGUGCCCUACUUCUCACAGAAUGUCGAGUUAGACCCAAGUGUUGUGGCCGAUAACCAUCAAGAUGAUUUCAAUGCGGAAGAAGAAUAUCCGGACAUGCACUCAAGAAAUAAAGUUGCAGAGAUCCGCUACCGACCAUUUUUUAAUAACCAACAGCAGCAAAGAUUUUUCUUGAACAACUUCAACAGCAUUUUGACUAAAACGGUGACGUUUUCUCAGACGUCAACUGUCAGCCUGACCAUUGUGCAAUCCUGUAUUGCCGCUGUCAAGUUUUUGGACGCCGCUGCUCAGGCAACGCCCUGCCGUCGCAAGCGUGAUAUCCUGGAAGGUGCUCCGGAAGAUGCGCAAUUCGUUAUUGCUCCAUCGGAAACACAACGAGUGAUGCCAACGGCACUUCCAUCGCUGGAUGUGAUCCGAGAAAAUCGACAACUGCCAGUCGACGAUAAAAUUUCCGGUUCCAUGUCGUCGGUGGAACAUUUGAGAGGCAAACGAUUUUUAAAUUAUUCUGUGACUUCAGUCACAGUUACAAGCUACAGCUUUUUGUCGGCAACUGUUAAAAAAACCGUGGCCAUCGGCGACGAUGCUGCAGUACUCUGCCUUCCAUCCGGCUGGUCUGUUUGCUAAAGAGCCAGAUGAGAAAGGAACGAAACCGACUUCUUUCAAUAUUUGCUUUUAGAAUAGUUUCUGUCCUUUUGUUCCUUUAUGUUUAUCUAUUCACAAGAAUACACUUUUGCAGGCA